CUUUAUCAGUGACAGUCUCCCCCUGUCGUCAUAACAGCAUAGUACGGCUCUGACACUACCUCCACUCAAUACCGAGAGAGAGGGGCACAAUAAACAGAAGACAUCUGUGUCUGACAUCGAGGCAGCGAAGACCGUAAUUUAAACCGCGCGUCUUCGCUCCCCAACUAGAAACCCUCCUCACCCCAUGAACGGCGCCGGUGACACGGGGUUUAACGUCCUCUAAAGACGGUGACAGGGCGAGGAGGGAACGUUGCCUUCCGGGGGGAUUCAGCGAAGCAGCAGCUGAAGCAGGGUUGAUUUGGUUUUGACCACUGGAGGACCCACCACUAACUAGCUGGAUCUGAGGGACUCCAGACAGAACAGAGACCACACACCUCCGACUACCUAACAUCAGAACCAAGGAGUCCACAAUCAGCAAACAACAGCAACAGCACCAUGCAUACCUCCAUCGUCUUCCUCCUCCCCUUCUUCCUCCUUUCUCUCCUCGCCUCCUCUUCUUCUUCCCAGAGUGACUCUCCGGAACUCGUCGUCGCCACGCGGGCAGGACGUGUCCGCGGCUUCCGCCUACCGACGCCGGACCGGAGUCACGUGACCGCUUUCCUCGGAAUCCCAUUCGCGGAGCCCCCACUGGGCAAGAAGCGCUUCCGAAAGGCGGAGCCCAAGAAGCCAUGGUCGUACUUGUUAGAAGCUAGCUCCUACCCCAACGCCUGCUACCAGUUCGUUGACACCUCUUUCCCCGGGUUCCAGGGAAGCGAGAUGUGGAACCCCAACAGGGAGAUGAGCGAGGACUGCCUCUACCUCAAUAUCUGGGUCCCCACCUCCGCCAGACCUCACAACCUCACCGUGAUGGUAUGGAUCUACGGAGGAGGGUUCUACAGCGGAUCAUCGUCCCUGGACGUGUACGACGGCCGCUACCUGGCUCACUCGGAGAAGGUGGUGGUGGUUUCCAUGAACUACCGCAUCGGGGCCUUUGGGUUCCUGGCUCUCCACGGCUCCUCAGAGGCCCCUGGGAACGUGGGGCUCUUAGACCAACGCAUGGCCCUCCAGUGGGUCCAGGAUAACAUACACUUCUUCGGGGGCAACCCCAAACAGGUGACCAUCUUUGGGGAGAGUGCCGGAGCAGUCUCUGUUGGGAUGCACCUCCUGUCUCCCGACAGUCGACCCACCUUCACCCGAGCCAUCCUCCAGAGUGGAGCCCCCAACUGCCCCUGGGCCACUGUUACGCCAGCUGAAGCCCACCGUAGGGCCGUCAUGUUGGGGAAGCUCGUCGGGUGCCCCUCGGGGGGUAACGAUACGGAGCUGGUGGACUGUCUUCGCAACAAGCCCCCGCAGGAGCUCAUUGACCAGGAGUGGCAGGUCAUGCCGUGGUCUGCCAUCUUCCGUUUCUCCUUUGUGCCCGUCAUCGACGGCGUGGUCCUUCCAGACAACCCCGAGGCCAUGCUCAGCUCAGGCAACUUCAAGGACACCCAAAUCCUGCUGGGGGUCAACCAGGAUGAGGGGUCCUUCUUCCUCCUCUAUGGAGCCCCUGGCUUCAGCAAGGACAAUGAGUCACUGAUCUCGCGCGAGGACUUCCUGGAAAGCGUGAAACUGAGCGUUCCGCAUGCCAAUGAGAUCGGCCAGGAGGCUGUGGUUCUGCAGUAUACUGACUGGUUCGAUGAGAACAACGGGGUGAAGAACCGUGAUGCCCUGGACGAUGUGGUCGGAGACCAUAAUGUCAUCUGCCCCCUGCAGCACUUCGCCAGGAGCUAUGCCCAGUUUCACUCUAACCAGGGUGCCAACAAUGGGCAACCAGCGGGCAACGCAGGGGCCACGGCGAAGGAUGGGAACUCACAAGGUGGAGUGUACCUGUACCUGUUUGACCACCGUGCGUCUAACCUGGCGUGGCCUGAGUGGAUGGGCGUUAUCCAUGGUUACGAGAUAGAGUUUGUGUUCGGCAUGCCGCUUGAGAAGAGACUGAACUACACAGCCGAGGAGGAGAAACUGAGCCGACGCAUGAUGAGAUACUGGGCCAACUUCGCACGCACCGGUAACCCCAAUAUCAACUUUGAUGGCAGUGUGGAUAGCAGGCGGAAGUGGCCCCAGUUCACCAACAGUGAACAAAAACACGUGGGUCUGAACACGGAAUCCAUGAAGAUCCACAAGGGCCUGCGGAAUCAGCUGUGUGCAUUCUGGAACCGCUUCCUGCCACGCCUCCUCAACAUCACCGAUAACAUAGACGAGGCAGAGCGUCAGUGGAAGGUGGAGUUCCAUCGCUGGUCCUCCUACAUGAUGCACUGGAAGAGCCAGUUCGACCAUUACAGCAAGCAGGAGCGCUGCACUGACCUCUGAGGAGAGAGAGAAAGAGAUGAUGAAGACCUUGUCCUUCCAUAGUUUCCUACAUUUCUUCAUGUGAUAUGAUUUGUUAAGGCUUUGCAGUUUAACUCGACGAAGGCCAAACAGUGGAUUCCUUUCCCCCACAAAAUCACAUUUAAUGUGUCACAAAUCAUACUUUCUGUGUGUUUUUUGUUUUUCCAUUGCAGAUGUUUGGCUGCCUAAAACACGUCCAUAAGCUGACAAUUUAUCAGCAUCAAAUUUAUUAUGGAAGGAGGUGGUCAUUGAUGAAGGCGGUGAAACGGUGAACAUUUCAAAGGUGUUUCAUUACAGUACCUCUGAAGACUGUGUGUAUGUGUGUGUGCGUGUAUGCAUGCAUCCGUGGGCAUGUGUGUGUGUGUGUGUGUGUGUGUGUGUGUGUGUGCGUGCGUGUAUGCAUGCAUCCGUGGGCAUGUGUGUGUGUGUGUGUGUGCGCGGAAGUGUGGUACGACUGAACCUCUGUGUUCCACAUCACUCUUAUUUUUUUUUUUUACUUCACUUUAUUAUUUUCCAGUUGAUACAAAUCUCGCUAUCUGCUUAUUUUCAAUGAUCUUUAUUUAAAACAACUAUUAUGACCACUGUUCCACUGUCUAACCAUGUAUCCGUUCACUUGGCGUUCGUCUAUCUCUUAUAUCU